AUGGGACCCCCCGGGGGGCGCGGGACCGGGCGCGGGGACCGGGCGGAUGACACCGUCAUCAUCUCCGGGCAGACGCUCAAGCGCGUCCUCGACGCGGACACGAAGCAGUGGGUUUACCGCCCCAUCGACGCGCGAUCGGGGGAGACUGUCUCCAGAGAGGCGUUCGAGGCCGCGAAGCGCGAAGCCCGCGAGGCGCGCUUGGAGAACGACCCGAGGGUGAUCGUGGAUCGAGAGAAGCGAUGGGCGGCGGCGCAAAGAGCGGAGAUACGUGAAAUGCGCGCGCAAGACGAGCGAAAGACGCGAAGGGAGCGCGUCAAAGGAGCGAAGAAAGAGCCUGGUGGCGCGUCGGCGAACGCGGCGAGGUGGAAGAAGCCGAUCGCGACGGUGAAGCCGCCGACUGCGCUCUUAAGCCUACGCGAAGAGAUGCGAAUCGCGAACGCGAACGAUUUAAGCAAGAAGAAUCCGAAAAGCUACGCGUUCGUGAAGUCCGCGCUUGACGCGGAGGAGGCGAAGCACGACGCGAACGUCAAGGCGGCGAGGGAGAAGGCGUACCAGAGGGAAAGGACGAAGCGCGGCGUGCGAGGCGCCGCGUGGGGGGACUCCGAGAGUGGGGAAGACGAUGCGUUCGCGUCGGAAGAGGAGACUGGCGUCGGCAUCCGGGGUUCGCUCGCAGAUCUGGACGAUCCGGAUUACCGACGCUCGUCUCUUCCGCCAGUCGCGGGCGACAGCGGCGGCGGGGCGUAUCCCGAGCCGCGCGGCGUUGGCGACGGCGACGGCAACGACGGUGGCGGUGGCGAGAGAGGACGCGGAUGCGGUCGAGGAAGGGGCGGUCGAGGAAUGAGCGGGCGAGGUGGUCGCGUGGAUCUCUCCGAAGCGAUGUGUGGCAUGAUCGUGAACGCCGGCGGCGACGGCGACGGCGGAGGGAGAGGGAGAGGGAGAGGACGUGGACGCGGACGUGGCGCGCCUUCUGUGGCAUUGUUCGAGCCGUAA